AUGCCAUCAGUUUCUUGCUCCAUCACCUGGUUCCUAUCUACUACCCCCUGUGGGAGAUGCUCCAGAAGAAUUCUGAAGUUCCUGAGAGUACAUCCCAAUGUGACCUUGAAAAUACAUGCAGCCAAGCUGUUCAAGCACUUGGAUAUGCGUAACCGGCAAGGUCUCAAGAACCUAGCAAUGCAUGGAGUCAUUAUACGUAUCAUGAAUCUUGCAGUGUGGGGAGGGGUCACCGGGUGA